ACCCUCUGUGUGGAGCUUGUUUCUGUGCCCGUGCGCUACGGCCAGCAGGAGACGGAAGUGGCACCUUUUCCCGCUGGACACACCCGCCCGGCCAGAAGCAACCCUCCAGAAAGAACAGAGCCCGGGGUCCCCAGAGCCGCGCUCGCCCCCAGCCUAGUCGCUCCUCCAUCUUCCCGGGCUCUGGGCAGCGGCACGAUCUCCAAUGCUGGUUCAAGUGCCUCCGGGAGUGGGUGAAGAGGUACCUGCUGACCCUGCCAGGGCGGAGGGGAGCGCACGGUGGGGUACGUAGUGAGGGAGGGGGAAGGUACACUUCGUGGGCAGCACCAGGGUCGGAGGUUGGGAGGGAUGCUGAAAGUGGGAACUGGAGAGGUCGGGGCGCAAGUGGGAGCGCGCGCUGGGCGGAGCGCGCAAAGGCGGCGGUGUGGGCGGGGCGGGUUGCCGUGGUUUCGAGGUUGGCGUCGUCGUCUGGGCAAGCGGAAGGGACGCCUCUUCUCCAGCCCUAAGCGAGCGAGGUCCGGGUGAAGUCCGGGUGGGUCUGUGGAUCACGGACGGGCCGCCGACUCUCCAGUGCAGAGCCAUGGUGGACGUGUUGGGUGGACGGCGCCUGCUGACCCGGGAGGGCGCGGCGGUGGAGGCCGAGGCGGCGCUGCAGAACAAAGUGGUGGCGCUGUACUUCGCUGCGGGCCGGUGCGCGCCGAGCCGCGACUUCACGCCACUGCUCUGCGAUUUCUACACGGCGCUGGUAGGCGCGGCCCCGCGGCCCGCGCCCUUCGAGGUGGUCUUCGUGUCCGCCGACGGCAGCGCCGAGGAGAUGCUGGAAUUCAUGCACGAGCUGCAUGGCGCCUGGCUGGCGCUGCCCUUCCACGACCCCUGCCGGCACGAACUGAGGAAGAGAUACAACAUCACAGCCAUCCCCAAGCUUGUGGUUGUGAAGCAGAACGGGGAGGUCAUCACCAGCAGGGGGCGCCAGCAGAUCCGGGAGCGGGGGCUGGCUUGCUUCCAGGGCUGGGUGGAGGCGGCCGACGACGUGCUGCAGAACUUCUCUGGUUGAAUCAGGACCGGGAGAGGGCGGCUGGG